ACCUAAAUAUAACUACUCAAUAUGUUUAAGUUCAUUUCAGAAUCCAGUCUCCACUAAGUCAUAUCAUUCUAAUAAAAAUUUUUUAAAUUUUUAGUGUUUUGGUUAACAAACAAAAAUACAAAUUUUCGCAAAUACUGUUUUCGGCCUUCUUAACGUGGAUAUUUAUUCUUUGACAUGUUUGUCGGUGACGCCAUUUUUAAUGCCGUUUUGGUGGCUGCCUGUUUAUAUACCAUGUACGAACUGACUCCGGCAGAUCAUCCCUACGGCUAUACGGCAGCUGCAUUCAGUCUGGUCCAUGGACUUUUCGGCAUAGUGCAUUCUUUGCAGGAACCACCAGAAGAUGAGGAGUGCGAAUUGACGAGUCGUGCCAUUAUGAUCUCGACCAGCAUCAUCGAGACCAUUGUGCUGGCUUUGGCCAAUAUAGAAUUCUAUCUGAAGUCGGAUCAAUCGGCGGUGGCCUUAGUACAUGGACUAGCUGUAAUUCCAUUAUUCUACGAUAUGCUCGGCAAAAUGAGCGAUGACCUGGAUAGUAAUACAGAAACCCUGAAGAGUCUAGCAGUAUUCGGGAAUAUCCUAUCAACUUCACAUCUGGCCUACAAGGAAGGGAAUGCCAUCUACGCCGGAGUUGCUGCUGCUGCAUUCAUAGCUCGCUAUUGUGCCUCAUACAUUGAUGGCUUCUUUCAGGGUAUGGGUGCCCAUGUCAACACUUUGGGCAAUGCCACCAUAUUGGCUCUCAUGACGUACGCUUUAACCCAGAAGUAAAUUAACUUUGUGUUUUAUAAACCAAGAAAUUUAAUAAAAGACAACAGCAAGUGACCCUUAACAAAAUCUUCCCCUCCUUAAAAAUGGAGACAAAAAUGUAUCUCAAAUGACUAAAAAUGUCCCUAAAUACCAAUGGUAAAUAAAUAAUCAAGCACA